GAACUUACCAGUCACUUGAGUAUGGGAGGGGGUGGGGGUGAGUCAGGCAGUAGUUACUAGUGUUAGCCAGGCAGUGUAGGUUCAGGUGUUAUCGUUUGCUCUGUAUCUCUGAGUCCUUCCCCGGAACACCCAACAGGCAGAGGGGAAGCAGCGGCCACCCAGAGGACACCCAGUCACCCACAGCCUCAGUGCAGCCUCCUGACAACCAUGAGUGGCUAUCCAGGGUAUGGAGCACCGCAGGGAGGCUAUCGCGGCCAGGCGCCUCCACAGACAGGAUAUCCAGGCAGCCAGGUUCCCGGGGGUUACCCCGGACAGCAGCCUUAUGGGUACCCAGGGCAGCAGCCUCCCCCAGGGGCCUACCAGCAACAACCAGGAGGAUACCCAGGCCAGCAGCCUCCUCCUGGGGCAUAUGGGCAGCCUCAGCCCGGUGGAUACCAAGGGCAGGGUUACCCUGGCCAGGCCCCUCCUGGUAUGGACCCCAACAUAGCGUCAUGGUUCCGAGCUGUGGAUCAGGACAACUCAGGACAGAUCAAUGCCAAGGAGCUGCGCCAGGCCCUUCAGAAUGGAAACUGGUCCAACUUUUCAGAGGAAGCUUGUCGGCUAAUGAUCUCCAUGUUUGACAGCGACCGCACUGGCACCAUCAACAUGCAGGAGUUUGGUCAGCUGUUCACCUUCAUCAACCAGUGGACUGAGGUGUACCGCAGGUUUGACCGUGACAACUCUGGCACCAUCGAUGAGGGGGAGAUGAAUACUGCCCUGCAGCAGAUGGGUUACCGCCUCAGCCCACAGUUCAUCUCGUUCCUGGUGUUCAAGUUUAACCCACAAUCCCGCAAGGUGACUCUGGACAACUUCAUCGUGUGUAACAUUCAGCUACGCAACCUUACCGAGGCCUUCAAGAGCCGGGACCGAGAGAUGAAAGGGAUCAUUUCCAUCAGUUACGAGGACUUUGUUAACAUGGCUUUCACCUCACUCAUGUAGCAGGGGUGAGGGUGGUGGUGCUGGUGGUGGUGAAUGAGUGGCUGAUGUGUUGGCUAGUUGGGUAUUGGCUGACUGACUAAGUGACUGACUGACUGAUUGAAGGUUGACUUACUGACUGGCUGUUAGUGGUGAGUGUUGAUUGACUGGCUGAGUGACCGACUGGGUAGUGGUGGUGCUGGUUAUCUGACUGACAGAAUACCCCGUCUUGAUUUCUUGACCAGCUGAAUGUGGCGAGGGAUGGCUGUGUCACCCACUGAAGGAACCACAACACCUUUGGUCUUUGUGGUUCCUGGGUGACAUGGAUGGAAUGAUGGAGGUGUACUGUGUAUGCUGCUCUGCCUUCCCCACCAGCUGUAGCAGUGUGCACAUGUCACAUGUAAGAAAGAGACAGCUGAUGAAGUUUGUGUUACUUUGCAUUUCGGUAUGUUUUGUUACCAAGGAAAGUAUUAAAUUUUAUAUAGAUGAAAAAUUAAAAUAAGGUAUACUGCUUUGUAUUUUUUACAAGCUGUAGUAGUGGUAGGAAUUGUUCUCAUAUAAGGAAGGUGACCUCAGGCGAACAAAAAUUUACUGCAGCUUUGCAUUUGUCACCACCUUCAGUCAUGGGGUUGGUGCAGAAGAAUUCAGCAUGCUUCACCACACAGCAUUGCACACCACCUGUGGCAAUGGUGGUCAACUUAUGCUAUAUAUGGAAGUAACCUCAACUGAACAAACAUCUACAUACCAGGCCAACAGUUCCACACAGGGUGGCCCAGACAAAGCACCACACACUCACACUCUUAUCCCCGUCAGCCUCUGGUGGCAAAAAAUGAUCCUUCUCAUGUUUUUUAUCAACUAAAGUAGUAAUAGUAAUUUACUUUCCAUACUAAGUUCACCACAUACACUUGGGCAGCCGUGCACGUCACUGCCUCACAAUCAUGGUGGCAUGGUGAAUGAAAGUAUUGCAGCGUUUUCUUCCUCCAGCAUCAAGAAACACAGUGCUGCAACACUUGCUACUCAUGGAGAAUGUGGCUCGCCUUUUUCUCUCCCUCUCCAUGAUCAAUAUUUACUGUGGGUUAUUAAUGAAAUAUAUAAAGGCAAGGUAACUUUUAACUCUCUCAACCAUGCAGGGCACUAAGCCUGUCAAGUCCAGCUUCUCCAUGAGUGGCAAGCCCAGACUCCUGCCUCCUGUGUCGUGUUGCUCUGCCAUCACUUCAGGGACUCUGUGUGGCCUUACCCUGGUGCACUUGAGAAGGGACUGCCUGAUGAUAAUGUUAAGUGCUCAUGUCUUUAACUUUUAGCCUUUUAUUGGUAGCAUAAUAAGCCAGGCAGGUGUGAGCUUAAAAUGGGUACUUAUCCUUCAAUCUCAAGUCUUUUGGUUGUACUUAAAGCAAAUUAAAAUUUAUAUGCUUAACACAUUAGUGUGUUUGUGUGUCCCUGGCAGGCAGAAACAGUUUGGGCUGUCUCCUUUUUUACUGUAGCAGAGGACUGGUGCAAUACUGAAGCUAAGGAGCUGUGACCUUGUGACCUGUAGCCUUGCCAGGACACCCUCAGCCAGUGUGGUGUGGUGUAUGGCUUACCCCUUCACUAUUGGGAAGGUCUUACUUUGCUGUGCAGGCUGAUGGAAAUGCUCAUCUCUCAACACAGCAUUAGAUUAUACUUUCAAUGUUGUUUUUAAGUAAGAUUCCAGAUAAACAUCUGGGAGUGGCUCACAAUAAUGAUGUUGAAUGUGUCAUGAAUUUGUUAGCUAUGGCAAAGUAAAUGAUGUAUAGAGAUAUAGUUACAUGGUUUUAAAGACAGACAAGUGAUCUGUAGCAGGUGUGUUGGUGGGAGAGGUGCUGGCCUUGGUGACAGCAGCCUGGCUGUAGCUGUGGUGCUGGGAGAGCUUUUAUCAAAGAAGUAGAUGAAAAGUACUUAGUUUUAUCUUUAAAGUUUGUUGAGUGCAGUGACUAACUGUGUUACUGAUGCUGAUGCCUUGCCUGUUGAGGGCUGACAGGAUGUGACAAACUUCUCACACUUUUUCAUAAAGCUCUUGGCCUCUUCAUGUAAUGCAGGUCUUUAAGAUACUUCGUGUUGUUUAACUGACUGUUGAUUUUCGUCGUCGUUAAAACUAAAAUCAUGAUUUAUGUUGACUUAUUUACUAACAAGACUGUAGCAUGUUUGUUGUACAGUGGUGUGGCUGGUGUGUGAUGCCCUUCCUGUGGUGGUGGUGUGGUUCUCUGUAGGGCACCUUUGUAAUCAGGCUUCACUAGGGCCUGUAAUACUACAAGUGUGUGGCUUGGUGACCUGCACACAGCAUUCCUCUUAUUAAGGAAAUGGCCUGCACUCCUGUACUGUCAUAAUAGUGUUGUAAUUGUUAUGAUAGUGCUUCCACUCACUGCCCAUCCCCUGCCCCUCUCAGUAUUGUGCUAAGUUUGUAAGCAAAAGGUUGCAAGUUGAGUCAAAGAUUACAAUAUAUAGUUUGUAAUCCAUUAUAAUAUCAAUCUGUGUACCAAGUCCAGGAGAAACAUCACAUCUUUUCUCAUUACUGGAAUAAAGAAAAGGAAGGAGUUCCUGCUCCCCUCAUUCCGUCCCCUUUAGAUGGUUUUCAUGCUGCACAAGGAACAUGGCAGUGUUCUCCAGCCCGGCUGUGAGUGUGUGGCCAACCUGUAGCAGUACUAACCUUCACUGCACAGCAAGCACCCGGUCACCACCAAGACUUGUCAGACACGAGGCAAUGGGCUCGUUUUCCACACAGUCUCUUGCUAGCACGUGACUUUGGCAAAUGACUAUAUCUUCCUAUUAAAGCAACAUGUGGGAGUGGAGAGACACAUCAGCACACACCAAUUCAGUGAUGAGUUUGAAGUGUCAGGAAAAACUAUCGUAGAAUUCUUUCAAUAUUGUGAGAAACUCUGAAGCUUAUCCAAUCUAACGACGAGGACUGUAACGUGCAGUGUGGCCUUCCAGCUUUCUUACAGCUUUCCUUAUAUUCCUUAUGUUCUCAACUUUAACCAAUUAUAACCUGACGUAACCUAAAAAUAACAAGUUUUCAUCUGACUCUUUUAUCUGUGAUUGUGUGUGUGUGUCUCUGUGGCUUGCUGUGCUGUGAAGUGAGGUGAACUGCACUCCUGCUGUCACUAGCUUGCCCUGAAUUACCACUGCAGAAGUUAUAAUAGAACUGUUAUUAACUAAUUGCAAUAAAACUAUGUAUUCUGUUAAC